AGCCUGAUAAAUCCAUACGAGGAAGAGUCAGAAAGAUUUGGUAUGAGAGAAAUGCCACUGACGACACCGAUGCUACUGGAACGCCACCAGAAAAAGCCGCUAAAACCGUGCAUCGGCGAGAUCAUUCAGUUCAGUUGAGAACAAAGAGUGGCAUUGAAACGAAGUGUUGCUGUGCGUUCCCUUUAAAAGCAGGGGAGAAUUUAAUUUGUGCAUUGCUACUUAAGACCCGUUUAGCUAAACGCCGCGCUGCAGUGCAAAUACGCAAAAGCCACAAAAUGCUGCGCGCGCAAGUUUCGGUUCUUGUUUACGGAAUUUUUAUUAUAAUGUAUAUAUUUGCCGCAUCUGCUACGAGUGCUAGCGUAGAAGAUAUAGACGAGAAUUACAUGAAACAGCUGUUGGGCAAUUUGAAUAUGAGCGUCGAUCCGUGUGAAGAUUUUUAUGCGUUCGCAUGUGGCAAUUGGGCGCAACACUACGAUGAUGAUGCCUAUGUGGAUGUGCCCGGUUAUAUGGACUAUGAAGUGAAUAAGCAAUUGCUUAGCGCGCUGCUUGCCGACAGAGCAACAAAUAUAAGCGGUAUAGCGCAGCAGGCCUGGCAUUACUAUGGGUCGUGUGUGAAUCUAAAUGCGCCCGUAUUGAAUAGCUUUCUGCGCUACGUGCAACAGGCUUUACACUUUGAAUGGCCCAUAUUGCGUGCUGAUUGGCAGCGACCUUGGCAGAAUGUCACACACUUCGAUUGGCUGCGCAUUGUAGGUGGCUUGCGCGCUUAUGGACUGAACGGCAUUUUCAUAACGCAGGAAGUCAAUGUGCGCCUCGUCAAUGCAACGCAUUACCUUUUAGUGUUGCACGCUCAACAGUUGCCGACUGUGGCGCCACCCUCACUGGUUCUGCGGCAGAAGGCUGUUGAAGACAUAUUUAUUAAUUUCGGUUUGACAGCGUUGGCGGCUCGAAAUGUCAGUGCGCGUGUCAUUGCGUUAGAUAAGUCGUUAAAUGACGCCUUAAGCACUCUCACAUUGCUGCCUUCAGGGACUUCAAAUGUCAGCGAAGCAAAUGUAACGCGCGCCAACUUCACGAGCUUGGAAAUGAAUGUAAACGAUUUGGUGCAGUUGGUGCCGGAAAUCGAUUGGCGCAGGUAUCUGCAACAUACGCUUGGGCGCGAAGUGGACUUAGAACAACAGCUGCUGCAAACCUUCUCCUACGAUUUGCCCUACUUUCGCAAAUUGCCAGCGCUACUUGCUGCACACUCAAACGAGACGAUCGCUUACUAUAUAAUGCUGAAGUUUAUGUAUCAAUUGAGUGGCGAUUUGCCAACGGGAAUGUCUGAUGUGCAGAAGUCCACGCAUUGCAUGCGCCUGCUGCGUGGUUAUAUGCCACUGGCGGCCAAUUACCUAUACGAGCAACAUUAUUACAAGCAUAGACGCGUGGCGAGUGACGCCGCGCUGCAUCGUAUUUUCAACAAGUUGCGCGGCAACUUCGCACUGCUGGUCGAUGCUAAUGCUUUACAGCUGAACGCCACUGAGCGUGCCUACAUACUCGCCGAACUGGACGGAAUGCAACUACGCAUAGGGAAUGUGCCACAUGGGGCGGCGAACUUGACUACUCAAGUCGAGGAAUACUAUGCGGGUAUAGACAUGAACCCUAGCGACUUUUACGGCAAUCAUUUACAGCUUAUCCAUAGCAGUGUGCGACGAAUGCAGUCGAAGCUGUUGAAUUUGCCGCGUGCGGCAAAUGCGACACAGCAACAGAUCUACGAGUAUAAUUUCGAAACAUCAAGCUCUUCAUCGCCCAUUAAGAUCUUUGAAAACGUGGUGCUCGUGCCAUAUGGGUAUUUGCAGUUGCCGCUUUAUGAUCACCGGUUGGAUGAUUUGUUUCAAUAUUCACUAUUUGGCUUGAUUCUUGCUCACGAGAUUAUGCACGCUUACGACCUCUUUCACAUUAUCUACGAUCAGCAUGGCAACUUUAAUCCGUUGGGUUUGGAUGUGGCGCAACAUUAUUGGAGCUUCAUUAACUGUACGCGGACAACGGAGUUAAAUGCCGUGCUCUCCGAGAAUAUGGCCGAUGUGGCGGGCUUACGUCUGGCGUAUCAAACCUACUUCGGUCCGGACGAGAUCAGCGCAGCUGCAGAGCAGUCCCAUAAUAUUACUGCAGAUGAAUCAAAAGCUGAUUCGCUCGUUGAAAAAGACAGCCCUACGAAAAGUCAACAACAAACUGUCAUUGGUGAUGAUGUCAUCCCUAAUAGCUUUGCAAAUUCUUCUCUGAAUGACGCUUCAUUUCGCCUAUGGCUCGGUAAUUUCACGCGCCCGCAGCUCUUCUUCAUCAAUUCGGUGCAGUUUUUAUGCGCUAACAUGCCGCGCAUCGAUGCGCUGAAUGUGCAACCGCUGCACCUCGGCCAUGACAUGCAUGAUGUGCGCGUACGACGCAAUUGGUUGAAUUUGGAGCAUUUUGCGGCCGCUUUUCAGUGUGCACGUGACACACCGAUGAACCCGACCGAGAAAUGCCGCUGGUGGUGAGCUGCUUAGCGAGUGCCCGAAUGGUGCGACUGUCCUUCGAUGAGGUUUAUUAUUCUAAAGCGGAUUAUAGCUUGCUCUUUGUAACAGUUAUGUACUACUUUUUAUUUAUGUUAUGAUUUUGCAUUGCUCUCUGUGAGAUGUCGACAAUUUUUGCAACUAUGUAAAUUUAACCGCUUGACCGCUUUUCAUAAUGUACUAGGUAGCUUUUAUGCAUGAGCAAAAAUAUCUUGAAGACUUACCUUUUGUGGUGGCUACUUCUUUACUCGGUGCUCGUAGACUAUUUCUGAAAAGAAAAAAAGUUUCACAAAAUUAAUAAUAUAAAAUACUCGAAAAAUACUACAUUCUUUAAUGAUAUAACAAAAAAGUAUUUAUAUAUGUAUGUGUAUGUAUGGAUGUCGAAAUAUAGA